GCGACACCGAGCCAGAUGUGCAAUCAUGGGACAAUGUACAUCUCGGAGCGUCCAAUGGCGACUUUGCACGAUUGGUGCCACAUUCUCCAGCGGCUCGCACGCUUUUCAGUCAGGUUGUCCGGCUUCUUGACAGUGAUGCUAGUAAGUGGAAUCACGUGCGCAGCUUCAUUCACUAUGAAGUUGUGUAUCUUGACGAUAGCACUACUGGAAGUAGUUUUACCAGUGUGACUCCACCUCUAUAGCAUGAACCCGUCCAGGAAUACUGUGGUUACUACCGACUGAACAUGACCAUUCCGCCUGCAAACGAAAGCCUAGGCUGGGUCCUGGGAAGUUCCCGAACAAACAAGCCAGAAAAUUUUGUAGACUUCCUUCUUGCUCCGUUCGCCAACGAACAUGCUCUCCAUUCGCGCCACUGCAGGCUGCGACGCCUGCUCCAAACUGGCGUAUUACUGGCUAUAUCUGAUAGCAGAAAGGUCAGUAUCGACGGCAAAAUCGUCCAACGCGAUACCAAAAGGAAGGAGCAGGAUGUACAAGAUUAUCAGGCCGCUCUACAGCAUGAUACCAUCAUCGGACUUGGUGACCUGACUUAUCGUCUCGUAUACACAGAUUUAAACCCGAAGCAACAACAACGCGAACUACAAGAAGCCCUCAAACGAGCUAGCACUGGGCUUGAUAAGUCCGUCAUGCUUCUGUCACCAACACCAUCCAGGAACACUAUUGACUACCACGGCUACAGCAUCUUCGAUGCCAAUCUUCACGGAACAACUAGCACUGUGUCAUUGGGAUAUGACAAGUCAAAUGGGAAGCCGGUCGCCGUCAAAAUGGUUAAAUGUACUGCUGCGCAAUUCAAUGACCUUCGAAAAGAGAUUGAAAUCCUGGGCCGCCUCAACCACACAAACGUUUGCAAACUUGAAAAGGUUGUCAAUUGGGACUCAUCCGCCGAUCCACGUACGUGGCGUCAUGAUGAAGGCCCAACGGUGGGCCUCAUCAUGUCGCCACCAGCAACCACUGGAGCACUGGGGUUACUCACAUCCUGGAAGUCUCUUCCUGAUUCUGCCACUUUUCUUCGUGACUCGAUGCGCCAGGUAGCGUCCGGCCUCGCUCAUGUUCACAGCCUCAACAUGCUACACCGAGACAUCAAGCCCAACAAUAUCGUUUAUCACUCUACUAGCCCGGUACAUGCUAUAAUUGUUGACUUUGGAUGUAGCGAGCCGGAUCCGACAAGCAUGCGUCAUCACCGAGGAACAAUAACUUAUCUGGCUCCAGAGGUCAUGAGAGUGAAAAAUGGACAAUCAACUCAACCAUUCUCUUUCCCAUCGGAUGUUUGGAGCCUUGGUGUUACUCUUGUUGACUUCCUGUUAAGCAAGCAGUUUCAACAACAAUUGGGAAAUGCUGCAAUCUAUAAGAAGUUCAAGAACACUAUGGCAACGAAUACUGUUGAGCUGCACUAUCCGGAUUUCUGGAAUCUGGUCCUAGAACUUUUGGAGUGGGAUUCUGAAGUUCGACUAACGGCAAUGGAAGUGGCUCAACGCCUCACAGAUCAAGAAGAAGCUCGGCCCGAGAAAGUCUUGCGACGCGCAUCGACGAACGAAGAGCCAUCGGCCAAACGGGAGAAACUCGAGAUCUAGCCACUAGGAUUACACAAAGAAGCAGACAAGAUGUUUCCUCGCGCUAAGUAC